CGGCAGUUUCCAGCCUCGGAUUGACUGGAUUGUCGAUACAUACCGGAUGACCUAUACCUACCUGCACGGUGUGCACCGUGGAUGGUUGAUCAUUGGAUGCCUGAGCUGAGGCUCUAGUCGAGUGCAUUGGCUAGGAUGAAGCCAGCGCGAGUUUACGUAGUUCCCAGUCUUUUUUCUCACAGGGGUGGACGUGCAUGAUGAUCGGAUGUUGUGCACGCACAUCUCAUUACUGCCACGUCCGGGCUGGUAUCCGUAUUUACCGUAUUGUUCUAUUUCCUCUUUUGUUGUUUUACGGAGUACUCCGUAUUGAUAAGAUCCCCAUCAAACGUCCCGGACCGCUGUGGAACUACGGAACGCACAACUAUGGCUGGCAUAUGGGGAGCGGUCCACAUACCUUACUUCCCCCUGUGGGGUUUAUUCGGCGGUAACAAGAGUGGAAUAGGAUGACAUAUCCUAAAG